AUGGGACUCGAUCGGUUUCACCUAGUCCAGAGAUCUUUAGUUCAUUGGCUUGUGAAAAUGAGUUUCCUUUCACGACUCCAGCAUUUUUCCCUUAUGCAGUUCGUUUUGGCUGCCGCAGUUUUCUGUCAAAGCAGCAUGAUGGACACUAGAGAAUUACAUGCCGGGACUGAGCUGCAGAAGGAAACUCUUCCACUAAAAGGAGGAUCCUGCCUGUAUCAACUGAAUGGGCUAAAAUCAAACAUGUGGUACGAAAUACCUGCUAGUUUCUCCCUUCAACUACAAACAGGAAGCUCGGAUCUUGGGCAACACAUGGGAAGAAGGUUGCUGAAUACUGAAAAGUUAAUUUUCAAAACAGAAUUAAUGGAUUCUCUCAAGGUUCAGAAGAAAUUAUAUGUCUUAGUGAAUGUGGUGCCCGAGGGAAUCGUCGCAAUACCAGGAGUGGAAGAGAGGAAAUAUGCCACAUUUAAUAUAGCUUGCGAUGAAUUAUUAAUUGGUAUCCCUCACAAAGCAUGGUGCGUGGUGAUAUUCGUCUUGCUUUGUUUGGCAUUUGCAUUUGUGAUCCCUUCUUUUCUUCCACCACAUAUUCUACCGGGUAACCAGAAUUCACAUGAAGGCAAGCAAGUUGUUUCCAAAGAUUCAUGA